AUGUUUGCCUGUUCUAUUUCUUUAUUACCAGUAACUUCAUCAGUUCCUUCUUCAUAUUCAUACUUGUCCUUACUGCUUGCACUGGAGCUCUCUUCCUGUGGCACAUCAUCAAUGUCACCUUCAAUUUCUAUAACAACCAUAAUUCCUACAGGAAAUUCCUCUUCAACUUUUAUUUAUAUAUUUGUCUCCACCAUAUUCGCAUUUUCUCCAUGUUCCUCUCUUAUUUCUGAUGUACAUUCAGCAUCCCCGUCUUUGCAUUUUCCUUUAGUUACAUAUUUCUUCUGUAGGAAAAUAUGUAACGAUACAGCACAUUUUCUUUCCUCAUGUUAUCUGCUUUCUAUCUAUGACAUUCUACUAAAUAUCUAUCUAUCUAUCUAUCUAUCUAUCUAUCUAUCUAUCUAUCUAUCUAUCUCCGCAGCAUCGUUAGCGCCUACUCUUUCUCUAUCGACGUCAGCGCUGGUGACAAACACUAAUUGUGAUCGGUCCACUCUCUAUCUAAUUUUCUCUUUCUCUCUCUCUCUCUCUCUCUCUCUCUCUCUCUCUCUAUCUAUCUAUCUAUCUAUAAUAAAAUAUAAAUAUUUGCCAAUUUGUAUUAGGGCCCACUCUCUGUCUAAUUUUCUUUAUUUCUAUCUAUCUAUCUAUCUAUCUAUCUAUCUAUCUAUCUAUCUAUCUAUAUAUAUAUAUCUUUCUCUCUCUCUCUCUCUCUAUAUAUAUAUAUAUAUAUAUAUAUAUAUAUAUAAUAAAAUAUAG